AUGCGCCAGAGAGGAGGAAGAAAGGGAACCAACCAAUCGAUGCGUCCAAUCGUUGACCACGUAUACAGCAACAUACAAGGGAUAAUGAAACGCCUCACCUGUGUGUGCUUCUUCCCUUAUGGAUCCCCCAGCAGUGGGCUGUUCCUUCCCGAGGAUAUGAAUGAAACGGCUGAGCUUGUGUCCACUCCCAGGAGGGUGAGUAACCUGUGGGUCUUGCGGGGGGCUUACCUCCAUUUGGUUGGUGGGCUCCUUAACCACCCGGAGAGGCCGCCUAACCACCCGGGGAGGCCGCCUAACCACCCGGGGAGGCCGCCUAACCACCCGGAGAGGCCGCCUAACCACCCGGAGAGGCCGCCUAACCACCAAGCCAAUCAAACUCUCUACAAAAACAUACGCCACCUGUACAGGGUGAAAUACGAAAGGGAUUACCAAGUGAUGACGCGCGGGGAGUGCUUUUCCCCUCUUCAUCGUUUUUAUAAAAUUGCCGAGCACACAGGAAGGAAAGCUCUCUCCUGUCUCCACCUCCUACUCUUGACCUCCUUGUCUAUCUACUGCUUGUGUAGAAGCCUCCUCAUUUUGACGCAGCACAUACGUGCCCUGGAAAGGAAGAAGCUGCACGAGCGGCGCUGCCAGGGGGGGGCUGCCUCAGACGAGCUGUUUCGCCUCCUCGUCGAAUCGGUGGCCCACAUGGGUCAGGGCCUGGCGGGGGAGGAAGCGAAGAACCACCACGAAGCGGACCACCCAGAUGGUGAAGACCACCACGAUGCUGCGGACCACCACCACAUCUACGACGAGCUGCAAACCAAGCUGCGCCUCUGCCUGAGCAUGAUCAACCGAAUCAAAGGAGAACGCCCCAGGGGUGCAUCUAAAAAGUUGGUGAAUCAGAACGAAAGGCAAGCAAGGGAAGCGUCUAGCAGCGGCGUGUCUAGGAGUGACGUGUCUAUGCGGGACUUCCCUGUGCCUACGGGUGAGCCACCCACGCAGAAGGCAGUGUACGAGGCGAAGGCGGUGUGCCAAACGGGGGGAGAAACGCCAAGUGGUGAACCCACCUCGCAAAGGAAGCAACGAGGGGGUGGCUGCUUACCGUAUGCCAUCUACUUGUAUGAGCGUAGAACCGGUGAGGAGGCCAUGCAGGGGGGGGGGAAGCGAAAAGGGGGGGGUACCUCCGUUGAAGGCACCUCGGCGGGGCACUCCCCCCAAGAGGGGUACUCCUCCCGAGAGGGGCAAAAAGAGGAAGGGCGCACAGAGAGGAACUACACCAAUGGGCCAAUAAACCCUCACAUUGCAUCGUCUGGGACGGCUAAGGAAACGCUUAAGAGACACACCAAAGGGGGGUCUUCUCCCCACCCCAGUGACGACCCACGUGAAAGGGAAGCCCCCUCAAAUUUAAAUAGAAACGAUUUAAUUAAAGAACUGAAAGGGGCGUUUGCAACGAAAAGGCGGUACGUGUAUUUGAGUAAAAGGCUCUGCUUUGAUGAAUCCCUGGGGGACUUCGUGAUGAGGGACGUCUCGUCGGAGGGAAGGGGGGCGAGCGGCGAAGGUGCGAGCGAAGGAGCUAGCGAAGGUGCUAGCGAAGGCGCUCGAGCAGACACUAGUGAAGGUACUCGAGCAGACGCUAGCGAAGGUGCGAGCGAAGGUACUCAAGAAGACGCUCGAGCAGACACUAGUGAAGGUGCUAGCGAAGGUACUCCCGAAGACACUAGUGAAGACACUCCCGAGGGGGACUGCCUGAGGCCCAUGGCCGACGUGCCCGCCUUCCGGCAGAACAUCGCGGCCGCCCUCGCGCGCGAGGUGUGCAAACAAGGGCGCAGCGGAAUAAAAUUGCGAAGCGAGCAACUGGCAGAAGCAGCAGGGUGUCCAAGUGGCCCAGAGGACUGCAGGCAUGGGUGCUGUAGGUCGGGUCGUUCCUGCGGGUGCAAGGGGGGAGGAGAAGAAAAAGGAGAGGAAGAUGAAGAAGAGGAAGAGGAAGAAAAAGGAGAAGAGGAAGAGGAAGAUGAAGAAGAGGAAGAGGAAGAAAAAGGAGAAGAGGAAGAGGAAGAAAACGGAGAGGAAGAUGAAGAAUGA